GAUCAAAAAUCUGAGAUCAGCUGUUUCCUCCUCAUCCAAUGUGAAGCAACAUUUUGAGAGGGCACACCCUGAGAAGCUGAGAGCAAUUGAAGAAGCAAUAAAGGCAAGGAGACGUGGCCUUCCUGAACCAAUGCAUGACACCCCUCCUCCCAAAAUGCUGAAGCAGCAGCAGACAACCCUUGAGAGGUGGGGAUCUGGCAGGGAGCCUGUCACCCAGAGCAAUCUCGACAGGAGAAUCAUUGAUUUCAUUGUAGAGGAGACAUUACCACUUCAGACUGUGGACAAACCAUCAUUCAUUAAUCUGGUUCACAUUGGACUCCCCAAAGAUCUCACCAUCAUAUGUGCCAAGACUCUGAGAGACAGAAUUGAGAAGAGAGCAUGCCACAUGAGAGAAACUCUUGCAAACCGAAUGGGUGCUGUGGCAUAUAUAGCAACCACUGCAGAUUGUUGGACCAAUGGCAAGAAGAGUUACUUUGGGGUAACAGCCCACUGGAUCAACCCAACUACCCUGAAACGUGAGGUCGGGGCCUUGGCUUGUAAGCAUCUGAAGGGGCGCCAUACAUACGAUGUCCUUUCAAAAGCACUGCAUGAUGUACAUGUGCAGUACAGGAUCCACAACAAAGUUAUGUGCACUACUACAGACAAUGGCUCCAACUUUGUGAAAGCGUUCAGAGUUUUCAUGGCCAAAGAACCAGUGGAAGCUGCAGGCACCAGUGACGAUGAUGGUGAUAACCAGGAGGAGGAGGAGGCUGAGGUGGAGUUUGUGCCUAUCUGUGAGAUCCUGGACACAGGACCUGAGGCAGAGGAAGAAGCUGCAGACUCAGGAGAGGAUUUUGUUUUACCACCACACCAGAGAUGUGCUAGCCACACCCUCAACCUUGUGGCAACACAAGACAUAGAGGCCAUGCUUUCUGACUCCUCCAAAAGUAGUCUUCUUGGUCCUUUCAAGAAACAGUUUCGUUCCUUGAUGGGAAAGUGCAGCAAGUUAUUUUGCAGCAGCUGA